CCAGAGCACCAAGCACCAAGCACCACCACCCAUACCCAGCCUGCAUAGACUCCGUUUGAGGUUUGAGGGACCCGGCGGAAGGCACGUCAACAUGGAGGAAAUAAAAACACCUUCUCGACGCCUCACCAAGAAGCCGCCCCCGAGCGUUGUAGCUGCUGCGAACAUCUCGGCCGAUGCCCGUGGCACCGACAACCAAUCUCUGCGCAGCCAACGAUCGUCCGCAUCGCUCCAGAGAGCUCCCUCGGCGCCCUACCCCAGAUCGCACGCCCACUACGGCCAUACCCGCAAUACCACCUCUCCAAACGCUGCCGUGUACGCAUCGUCGAAUUCCUCACUCGAUCGCCAGAUAUCUGGUCCCUCUCCAGUCCUGGCGGGCUCCGAGUUUAACGCGCCCCCUCCGGGCUCGGGCGGGGCAAGCGCGAAGGUGAAUUCAACGCGUCCCCUCAGCGAGAAGACCUCGCAAGAAUUCGUCGGCGCUCCGUUUGAUGGCAACUCCAUCCUGAACCAGUUCGACUCGACGAAAGCUUCCGGAUACCAGAACUCCCUGCGACGACCUCCUCCCCCUCCUUUAGCACACACAUCCCCAGAUCCGCGCAUGCAAAGCCCACCGCUACGACAAUCCGCCAGCUUCUCCGCAGGCGACAAGAUGGGCGAAAAGCAGCCCCCGCGCAUCGGUGAGAACCAGCUGAUCUCUCCAAAGAGAUAUUCGGAUGAGACGAAGGAUACAAAGCCGAGCGUAAUGCGCAAGAAGUCUGGCUUCUCCGGCUUCAUGAGCAGCAUUGGUGUUGGUUCGCCCAGAGGAGUUAAGAUAUCUGCACCUGAGAACCCAGUUCACGUAACCCACGUAGGAUAUGAUAACCAGACCGGCCAGUUCACUGGCUUGCCGAAGGAGUGGCAGCGGAUGAUCAAUGAUAGUGGCAUUACAAAGAAGGAGCAAGAGCAGAACCCGCAGGUUGUUAUGGAAAUCGUCGGUUUCUACAAGGAGAAUGCAGAAAAGGCAGGUGAUGAAGUCUGGGACAAGUUCGAGAACGCAAAGACACCAGAGCUGCGCGUUGGUACUUCGAUCCCACCACCGCUCUCGCCUGCACUGCUGAAUACGCCAAACUAUGGCUCUAUGACAAGCCCGCCAGCCAGUCCUCGAUUCCCAGCAAACCACGAGACUAGCUUCGAAAACCCCCGAUCCCCCCCUCCUGUUCCGCGACCUGCAACCCAAGGCCCAGCUCUGCAGGCAAAGGAUGUCAAUGGCUUGGUACCGACGCGUCCAGCACCCCGACCACCUGUGCCGUUCCAAGGUCCCACCAGAGCUGCACCACCUCCCCCUAUGCCUGGUAAGGACUCUGGUAUUGGCAUGUCACGUCCGAGCGAAGACCUUCCAGCUCUCGCAUAUGUGCCCCCAUCACAACCAGAUGUCUCGCCAAUCCUUCCGGAGGAACACCGUUCACCUUCUAAUUCACGUGCCAAUGGCGUUUCCCCCUAUGCUACUACGACUCCUGUUCUGCAGCCUGUGUCGCAAAAGGUUUACCAGCAGCAACUCAUGCAGCAGCAUCAAAGCUCCCUAGAUCGUAUGCCCAGCAAGCGUGCACCACCUUCAGGACCAAGUCCGACAACCCCGCAAAACCAAUAUCAGCAACAACCAAAUCUGAACGGUAUCCCUCAUCCCAGCCAAUCAGUCAGAGCUACAGGUGCUAGACCACGACAUCGCCCACGUCAAAGCACUGGUAUUGACAUCGUUGCGCGUCUGAAGCAGAUCUGCACCGAGGGUGAUCCAAGAGACAUCUAUGGGGACUUGGUUAAGAUUGGUCAAGGCGCGUCUGGUGGUGUAUUCACAGGUUACGAGAGAGGAUCCAACCGACUGGUCGCCAUCAAACAGAUGAAUCUAGAGCAGCAACCGAAAAAGGACCUGAUCAUCAAUGAGAUUAUCGUCAUGAAGGAGAGUUCGCAUCCGAACAUUGUCAAUUUCAUUGAUAGCUUCCUGGUUGUUGGCGAACUGUGGGUUAUUAUGGAGUACAUGGAGGGAGGUAGUUUGACAGACGUUGUUACUUUCAACAUCAUGUCAGAAGGACAAAUCGCUGCUGUUUGCCGAGAAACACUGAAGGGUUUGCAGCAUCUGCAUUCAAAGGGUGUAAUCCACCGCGACAUCAAGUCAGAUAACAUUUUGUUGUCCAUGGAUGGCAACAUUAAGCUGACUGAUUUCGGUUUCUGUGCCCAAAUCAAUGAAGCUCAUAAUAAGCGAACUACUAUGGUCGGAACUCCAUAUUGGAUGGCCCCUGAGGUUGUCACGAGAAAGGAGUACGGCCGCAAGGUAGACAUCUGGUCGCUCGGUAUCAUGGCUAUUGAAAUGAUUGAAGGCGAACCACCCUAUCUGACCGAGUCACCCCUGCGAGCUCUAUACUUGAUUGCUACCAAUGGCACACCGGCAAUUAAGGAUGAGGAACAGCUGAGCCCAGUCUUUAAGGACUUCCUUUACUUCGCCUUGAAGGUCGAUCCAGAGAAGAGAGCCAGCGCUCACGAUCUGCUACGACAUGAGUUCAUGACGAAAUGCGCCCCCCUCAUCGAGCUCGCUCCCCUUGUCCGUGCGGCCCGCAAUGCUCGCGCUCAAGAGAAGGCUCAAAAGGCUGCUGCCUCUUGAGCCCCUCCCCCGCCACAACUACAACACCUUGUUUGAGUAAGA